AAAAUUGGCAGGAUUCAUGGAUCAUGGGCACGAAAAAUUUACACCCCCAAACACAAUCCAAGAAGGCCCAAAAAUGGAUGCAAUUUAAUUCACAGUUUUUUUUUUUUUUUGAAAGUUCCUAAUCUGGAUUUUGACGAGGGCGGGGACUGGAAGUGAAACAGAAACCGACCAAUCGAGAUGAUGACGUUCUCUGUGGCACCAUUAGUAAUUCAAAUGCCUGCAAUUGCUGCAGCCAAGGGUGCCUCAUCCUCAAAUUCAAACGACCAUCCAAAAUUUCCAUCCGUAAAUCAUCAAAAUGGGAAAAGCAUUCAUGUGGUCGGCAUUUGUUUGAGAAAACCAAAAUCCCAUUCCAGGUCUAAAAGAAGGCUUCCCUGCAAAUCCCAGCUAGCAGAUUUUGCCCCAGUAACUUCCGCUGCCUAUGGAAUCCUUCUAUUCUCUGGCGGUCUCUUUGCCUUUUCUAAAUCAGGGAGUAAGGGAUCGCUUUUUGGAGGCCUCACCGGAGCUGCUCUUAUGACAUCUGCCUAUUUUCUUAUGCAAGCAUCAGAGACAAAAGCAAUUGGCGAUGCCCUUGGUUUUGGAUCAGCCUUCCUUUUCUCCUCUGUAUUUGGGAUACGAUUGGCAGCUACUCGGAAACUGAUUCCUGCAGGUCUUUUAUUAAGUCUUUCUAUCUGUGCAUUGGUUGUGUUUACCUCAGCAUAUUUGCAAGAUAGUCUUUGAUCCUUGUCUUUUUUGUUUGGCGCAAUACUCCUAGACAGUAAUUAUCCCUUGUUAAUUUGAAUAAAUUAAGUAACUUUAAUAUGAUAUAUUUGUAUUCCUAUUUGAAUUAGCAGCUGAACUUCAAUAACUUGUCUCUGUCUCGCUUGCGUCUCAAUGUAAGUUUCUGCUUUCUGUGUUCACUGUCAUGGAUGGUUUAAUAUGCUUUUGUGCAUCUCUAAAAGAAGAAGAAAAAAAAAAACUGCCAGUUGACAAAUUUUAUACACGUGUCUUGUGCAUAAUGUUACAGCUCCUGCUGAUUGAAAAUUUAGUAAAGUUGUUUAGGCAGAAGCAAUAGCAUUUUGAAAGGCUAUAGCAAUUGAUUUUCCUUUUGGGUUUUCUUUUUUCUUUUCACACUUCUUUCUAGGGGUGGGUUUAUGUAAUGCUGGGAAGGCAUAAUGAUUGUGUGGAAUACUUUGUCCAUAGUCCACAUGCCUUUCUGCUGAUUGAAAAUAAAAACCCAUUUCAAGUUUAAUAGAAAUUAGUCUUUAACUCUAAUCUUUGUUUAAUAUUUUUCUUACUAAAUUGUUUUAUCCUGUGUUAAAUUGAUGCAGAUAGAGUGUUGUGUUUAUGGGAAUUAACCACAAAGUGUGGAAAUUUGUCAUUUUUCCAGCUAACAAAGGCAAAAAAAAAAAGAGGAUAGUAUUUUGCUCCACAAGCUAAUUAGAGAAGUUCAAUGAUAAACUAAAUUAUAG